UAUUUUUAUUUUCCAAAUAAUUCCACGCAGUCAACUUUACUAUUUUCUUUCAAUUUCCAAGUUUUCAUCAUCUUUCCCCUCUCAUAUUUUCCAAGUUGUGUGCUUAUUUUUCUGCAGCUAAUAAAAAAUAAAUUUAAUAAUAAUAUGCUCAUAGUUAAUAAAUACUUCCUUUUAUUUCUACGUAAAUUUAUUUAAUAUGACACUUAAAUAAUUUAAUUAAAUACUGAAAUUUUGUAAAUAAUUUAUUAAGCAAAUUGUCUUCAUUUUUUACUUCAAUUCUAUAAAAGUUGUUAAUUAAUUAUAUAUUGUAUGUUCAGAUUCGGAUAAAAUUUUUUUGAUAAAUAUUUUAAAAAUUCUGAAAAAUUAAAGAGUUUAAUUCUUUAUUUAUUCUUAUUUUUACUUUAAAUUAUUUUAAUUAUUUUUUUAGCUUUUAGAAUAAUUGUAAAUUUAUUUUGUGUAUAGCAUAAUAACAGAAACAACAUAAGCAUAAUCAUUAUGACCACAUCUACAGAAAAUUCGUUUUUUUCGCGUUUCUAUGGCGUGGCACUUCUAGUCUUUGUAAACAUUGUAUGGGUUGCAGCUUCAGAAAUAACGAGGUAUUUAUUCAUUGAUCUCGAUUUUAAAAGGCCACUUUUCUUCACCUACGCUAAGUCAUGCAUGUUAUCUCUUUUUUUGACUUUUUAUUGUUGUGAUUGCAGAAAAAAAUCUUCAGAAUCAGAAACUACAACUACUUCAAAAAACGGAAAAGCCUUCUAUUCUCGGUUAACUGAAAAUGAAAAUAGUAAUAGCAGCGCAGAAGAAACAGAAGAAGAAGAUGAGGACAUUUUAGAUUGCAAUACUUUGACGGAAGCUGAAUUUGAGCCAAUUUCUAUAACAGAUGUAGAAUCAAAUACUGGGGAUUUAUCAGCACCGGAAAGUCAAAACAGUCAAACAACGCCUGACCAACAAAAGAAAUGUGAAAUUGAAGAAAAUUUUGUAUCUUCUACUCCUUUAACUAAACCAAAAAGAAUAAAAAGGAGAAGAAAAGUUCGUUUUAAUAAAUUAAGAGAAGUUCGUCGUUGGCCAGAAAGUUUAAGUGAAGCUGCAACAUUAGCUAGAUUACCUUAUAAUAAAGCUAAAGAAGUCGCAAAAAGUGAUUUUUGUUCAAAAUUUUGUGGUUCUCUUAAAUUGGAUCCAAAUUCUGAUAUGUUUAUUUAUUGUGUUUAUUUUGCACCUUUGUGGUUACUUUCAUCCGUCAGUUAUCAGACAGCUCUUGCUUAUUCCUCAGUUUCAACAGUUAAUUUAAUUUCUGCAUCGUCUCCACUUUUUGUUUUAAUAUUUGGAGCAUUUUUUGGAAAAUAUUCUGUGGAUUCUUUUAGUUGGUUAAAACUUUUAAUGGUUUUAUUGAAUAUGUUGGGGGUUUGUAUUGUUUCUCGUUUUUCUGGAAAUUUAUUUACAACUUCGCUAUCUCUUUUUUCGGCUUUUUCUAAUGCCCUAUAUCUAUUUGCACUUGCUCGUUUAAGCUUCAAAGGCAAAAAUGUUAAUAUGCCUUUACUUCUUGGAACUGUUGGUCUCUUUGCAUUAUUUGCGUGUACUCCAUUAAUAUAUAUUGCACACAUUUCUGGAUUUGAAUCCCAAUUACCACUUCCAACAUUUAAACAAAUGUUUAUACUCAUUGCCAAUGCAUUCCUCGGCACACUUUUUGCCGAUUCAAUUUGGCUUUAUGCAACACUUCUAACUGGAUCAUUAACUUCUUCACUUUCAGGCUCUUUAGGUGUUCCACUUUCAAUGCUAGCCGAUUCUUUUUUUCGAAAUCAACCACCGAAUAUUUGGCAAAUUAUUGCUUCUAUUCCAAUUAUGAUUUCAUUCUUGGGUGCAUCUAUUUUAACUUCAAGAGUACAACAAGAAUCAUAAAAUAUAACACAUUUUAUAUUUAUAACUUACAAACUUAUAUCAUUAAAAUUAGCCGUUUUAUUAGUAAAAUUUUUUAUUUUUUGUUGUAUACUUCUCUUCAAAAUCUCCUUUUUUAUAUUUUUUUUAUUCAUUUUGGGACAUCAUUUCUAAUCAACAUCUCUAAAGCCCUGCGUAAAGUAAAAAACCCUGCGCCUUAUACAUGUGAUGGAGUA